GUAUUAUAACCUUGAUACGAUCGGUAGGCCAAGGACGAAGGGACGAGAGGGAAGCAGACAGCAAACGAGGUUAUAUUUCAUUUCGUGCAACGGGCCAUGGCCUCUCACCCACAGACAGACCACGAGAAGCGAAAGCAGAUCAGUAUUCGCGGAAUAGCUCCUGUGGAGAAUGUUGCCGAAUUCAAGAAGGCAUUCAAUCGCCAUUUGCAUUAUACUAUUGUGAAAGAUAGAAAUGUGGCGACCCCGCGCGACUACUACCUCUCGCUGGCACACACUGUCAGAGAUUACUUGGUGGGGCGUUGGAUCCGCACCCAGCAGCACUACUAUGAAAAGGACCCUAAGAGGGUGUACUAUUUGUCCCUGGAAUUUUACAUGGGUAGAACCCUGUCUAACACCAUGGUGAACCUGGGCAUUCAGAGUGCAUGUGACGAAGCCCUGUAUCAGAUUGGCCUUGACAUUGAGGAGUUGGAGGAGAUCGAGGAGGAUGCUGGUUUAGGUAAUGGUGGACUUGGACGUCUGGCAGCAUGUUUUUUGGACUCAAUGGCCACCCUUGGUCUGGCAGCAUAUGGUUAUGGCAUUAGAUAUGAUUAUGGAAUUUUCGCCCAGAGGAUUGAAAAUGGCUGGCAGGUUGAAGAACCAGAUGAGUGGCUGAGAUAUGGAAAUCCAUGGGAGAAAUCUAGGCCUGAGUAUGUACUACCGGUCAAUUUCUACGGACGGACAGAGACAACUGAUUCUGGAGUGAAGUGGGUGGACACACAGGUGGUAUUCGCCAUGCCGUUUGACAGCCCUAUUCCAGGCUAUGGUAACAACACUGUCAACACCAUGCGUUUGUGGUCAGCUAAGGCUCCAAACAGCUUCAAUUUGCAUUUCUUUAACAAUGGAGAAUAUAUCAGUGCUGUGUGUGACAGAAACCAGGCAGAAAAUAUCUCCCGAGUUCUCUACCCUAAUGACAAUUUCUUCGUGGGUAAAGAGCUUCGUCUAAAACAGGAGUACUUCCUAGUGGCAGCUACUCUACAGGACAUCUUACGCCGCUUCAAGUCUUCAAAGUUCGGCAGUCGUGACCCUGUCCGCAGAUCAUUUGAAUCAUUCUCAGACAAGGAGAAUGACAUUAAUGAUAAUCUAGAUGGAUUUGCUGAGAAGGUGGCUAUUCAACUGAAUGACACCCACCCAUCCAUGGCUAUUCCUGAACUGAUGAGGAUUUUUGUGGACAUUGAGGGACUGCCUUGGGACAAGGCCUGGGAAAUCACUGUGAAGACCUUUGCUUAUACAAACCACACUGUCCUCCCAGAGGCUCUGGAGAGGUGGCCUGUGUCCAUGUUGGAGCAGAUUCUCCCUCGACACUUACAAAUUAUGUACUACAUCAACCAUAACUUUCUACUGGAAGUUGCAGCUAAAUACCCAGGAGAUGAAGGAAAGUUGAGACGCAUGUCAGUUGUGGAGGAGGAUGGAGAGAAGAAGAUUAACAUGGCAUAUCUCAGCAUCAUUGGCUCUCAUGCUAUCAAUGGGGUGGCUGCCUUGCACUCAGAAAUCAUCAAGAGAGACACGUUCCGUGAAUUCUAUGAGAUGUACCCAGAGCGUUUCCAGAACAAAACAAAUGGGAUCACACCUCGCCGGUGGUUGUUGCUGUGUAAUCCCGGUCUGUCAGAUGUCAUUGCUGAGAAGAUUGGAGAGGACUGGGUCACAGACCUGUACCAGCUGAGGAAUCUCAAGAAGUUUGCAGAGGAUGAAAAUUUUCUCAGAAAUGUCAUCAAAGUGAAACAGGAGAAUAAAAUGAAGUUGGCGGAAUAUAUCCAGGAGCACUACAACAUCAAGGUCAACACAUCCUCUAUCUUUGACAUCCAGGUGAAGAGAAUCCACGAAUACAAGAGACAGCUGAUGAACUGCUUCCACAUAAUUACCCUAUACAAUCGACUCAAGAGGGACCCCAACCAGGCCUUUGUUCCCAGGACUAUCAUGAUUGGAGGAAAGGCAGCACCAGGCUAUCAUGUUGCCAAACUUAUCAUCAAGUUGAUCACCAGUGUUGCCAGGGUAGUCAACAACGACCCAAUCAUUGGGGACCGUCUUAAAGUUGUUUACCUGGAGAAUUACAGAGUCUCUCUGGCAGAAAAGAUCAUUCCCGCAGCGGACUUAAGUGAGCAGAUCUCGACCGCAGGAACAGAGGCUUCUGGAACAGGAAACAUGAAGUUCAUGUUGAAUGGAGCUCUGACAAUUGGAACACUGGAUGGUGCUAAUGUGGAGAUGAUGGAGGAAAUGGGAGAAGAAAACAUUUUCAUUUUUGGAAUGAAAGUCCAUGAAGUAGAGGAACUGAAGAAGAGUGGUUACAACCCCCGCCAUUAUUAUGAGGCAAACUCUGAUCUUCGUUUGGUGCUAGAGCAGCUGAACACAGGCUUCUUUUCACCAGAUAAACCAGGGCAGUUCAGGGAUCUGUACAACACUGUUAUGUGGCCGGACAGAUUUUGUCUGCUGAAGGAUUAUGAAGCUUACAUAAGAUGUCAGGACAGCGUCAGUGAAGUAUUCAAGAAUCCUCUAAAGUGGGCAAAGAUGUGUGUACUCAACAUUGCUUCCUCAGGAAAAUUCUCCAGCGACCGCACAAUCUCGGAGUAUGCAAGAGAAAUAUGGGGAGUGGAGCCUAAUGAUAUUAAAUUGCCACCUCCUCAUGAGGGCCUUGACUCAAUGGACAGCAAGCCACCACAGAAGAAGUGAGAUCUCAUGUGACGACUUAGUCCAAUUGAGUUUUGUUGAUUAUGUUGUUGCUUUGUUGUGGAAUACACUUACAGUCAUUAUAUAUGUGUGUGUAUUUGAGAUUGGCUAUACAAUUCCUAUAGUGACUGAGGGGACUUUUUGCAGUAAACCUGUACUAUGAAUGAUUUAAAUGUAUUUGGAGAAUGUAGCUUAUCCAUUACCUGUAAUAGAAUGUAGCACAUAGUGUGUGUUUAGGUAGAGACAUCAUUUUAUUGCCAUGCCAUAUAACAUGUAGGAAAUAUGGUGUUUAAUUUAAAUUAAUGUUGUUUCAUAGAAUGUAAGAGUAAAAGAAAAGCAUUGUUAGAAUACUAAAUCCUAGCUUAAAUUUGAUCAUUAUUGCACAAGUUUUCUUUGUUGUUUUUUUAAAAAUUAUAUUUUAAGUUUUUUUUUUAAGUAUUUCUGUGACAUCACCUUAUUUUUUAUUUUGUCUGCAAUAGUAGCAGGUGUGUCUAGAAGUUUUGAUUGUGAACAUUUUAUCAACAGUUAUGUUUACAUGUUUAUACAUGUACAUGUAUUGUCAUGAAUUUUACUUGGACACUGCAAAAAAUUUGGUAGUGUUGAAAUUUACAAUGCAAUAGAAUAGGUACAGAAUAGAAAGACAAAGUAGUGAUAACAAAUCAAUUUAAAAACAGCCAUAGAUGUUAUACUGGAAGAAUUCAAUCUACAGAUAUAGAUAUUGGGGGAGGGGGUCUACAAAGAUGCUGGGUAGGAAAAAGUUUAGAUGCUGUAUUAUUAAACGGGAAAUUGUUAUAUAUUGCAGUCUACAAUUACUUGUACCAUUCAGCAUUUAGACUUGUAUACACUAAUAUUUACAUUCACUGAUGUUUUGUGAGUAAUAAAACUUUGCCGUUUCAUUGGGUUUUUUUUGUACUUCUCAAUGUAAGAAGUGUGAUGUUCAGGUAACAAUUCAGCUCGACAUUAAAAAUAUCAACAACAAAAAGAUCCCCACUAGAAGGAAUAAAUGUCAUUUGUGUAUAUUAUGGGGGGUGUAAACAAUGGGAGUAUGAUUUGAUUCCUGUCGAUUAUAUAAAUUACCCUGUGCUUCCAUUAUCUUUAUAAAAUGCAUAAUACAAAAAAACUGGACAUUAAUUUUAUUCCUUAACAAAUAAUGAGCUGAUUUCUUAAGACAUGUUACAAAAAUUGUGAUGAAUGUAUGUAGCUGAUGAAUUUUUUAUGUGGUGCUAAGCAUUCCUCUGAGAUACCUGUUUUCUGCAAAUCCAUGUUAUUUUUUCUUUGCUUUCCACAAUUCAAAGAGAAUUGUUCACAACUUUAUUCAUUUCCACAACUAAAACAGUGUAGUGUGUAUUUAUCCCUGUUCAGUUAGUUUUGUGCAGAACUAAAACAGAGAAAUGUGUUACAAUUAGUCAUUUAUUUGCAUUUUUUAUUACUAUUCCAUAUAUUAUUUUCUAUCCAUAUUUUUCAUAUUUGGGUUCUUUUCUGCUGAAUAUCAAAAAUACUUUAUUUUACAAAUAUACAUUCAUAAAUGCAAUGGCUUUGGCAAGCAGCAUGACACUUGAUGUGUUAUAAAAUGGAGUAUCACAAUCAAAUUUUGCUGAUAUUAAUUGUCUUGAAUAAGAUUAAUUAAUAUGUGAUGAAGUCUUCUCCAUUACAAUUUUUAAAAGAAUCUGAAAACAAUACGGGACAUUCAAAUACACCAGUCCUUUUCCUUGCUUUUAACUUCUUAUAUUUAUUUUGUUAUCUUGCUUUUUUAGGAUUGUUGUACAACAGUGCAUAUUAUCAUUCUUGAGUAAAAUUUAUACAACACUCAAAA